AUGUCCGAGGGUAUUAGGCAGGAGAUCGCAUGUGGGACUAAGCGCAAGCGCGAAGCAACGGUGGUCAAGAAGCGCACGUCCCUCGCGUGUGAUACAUGUCGCAAGCAAAAGGAAAAAUGCGAAGGAGGUCAGCCAUGCUGGCGAUGUCAACGCUUAGAUCGACGGUGCCAAUUUUCAACUCCCCAGGCUACCCGAAGACCAAAUUAUUCGCCUCGAGAAGAUUCUUUACUUUGUCACAAUCCAGAACAGAGCAAUCGCCAUCAAAAGAACUUGGAACAGAUCGUGCAACAUUUUCUUGGUGAUAUAGAUUUAGAAGAAGAGAGUAUUGCGCGGGUCGCGGCAACAUAUGAGGCAAAGUCAAAAGAGAUGGAAAAUUCCCUAGAUGUGGCCGAAGAACCGUUUGAUGUCCACUUUGUGUCUAAAGAUGUCGCAUUUUAUUCGGGAGAAUUUUCUCACUGGAAUUUCUCGGAAAAGUUACGUCGAAGAAUGAGCUCUCGUCGAGCGUCAUCUGAUUUAAACGUCAAAGAAUACUGGCGACCGACCCAUCUCCAGUCUUCCAUCCAUAUCGUUGCCGAGGCCAUGACACAUUUACCACCGAGACCUAUCGCUGAAUUCCUGUCGAUCAUGUUCUUCAAAUAUACAGAAGUCAACUCUUUCUACGCAGAAAGACCCUGGGUACAAGCAAAGCUGGAUCUCUGUUAUAAUUCCAACACCAAAUUCACUUCUAGCGAUAUUCCUUGGGUAUGCUCAGUCUUUGCCAUAUUAGCUGUAGGCACACAAAUGGCACACAUGGAAGAGGACAGAGCAGACUCAGAGUCUAAUGUCCCAGAGGAUAUAUUUGCCUGCUCCGAAGAUGCAAUUGGACUUGGGUUUUAUCGUAUAGCUUGCAAGUUGGUUCCAGACGUCAUUCUCGCGGCAUCGUACGAAAGUGUACAAGCCUGUCUUAUACUGGCAGUUUUUGCUUUGCCGGUUUCUACUGGCGGCCUGUCAUAUACUUAUUUCGGCUUGGCUAUGAAGAUGGCCAUACAAAACGGUAUGCAUCGAAAGUAUACUGGUGAUGAUUUUGACAGAAAGACUGUUGAGCUCAGGAAUCGACUUUUCUGGUCGGUCUAUUCCCUAGAAAGGUGA